AUGGGAAGACAGAGUUACUUCAAGGCUUUGAUUAUUUGUCUCAUGGCACUACUUGGAUCAAGCCAAGCUCAAUUGCAGCUUGGUUUCUAUGCCAAAAGUUGUCCAAAUGCUGAGAAGAUCAUUUUCAAUUAUGUUGCAGAUCAUAUUCCCAAUGCUCCAUCUCUAGCAGCUGCUCUCCUAAGACUUCACUUUCAUGAUUGUUUUGUCAACGGUUGUGAUGGAUCAGUGCUUGUGAACUCAACGCAAAACAAUCAAGCUGAAAAGGACUCCAUUCCGAAUGUUACACUCCGAGGCUUUGGCUUCAUUGACACAAUAAAGAGCCUUAUUGAAGCUGAAUGCCCUGGGGUAGUCUCUUGUGCUGAUAUAUUGGCUUUGACUGCCAGAGACUCUAUUCAAACCAUUGGGGGACCCUACUGGAAUGUUCCAACAGGUCGAAGGGAUGGACUUAUCUCUAGGGCAGCAGAUCCUUUAGUCAGCCUUCCUGCUCCAUUUCACAACCUCACUGUCCAGCUAACACUCUUUGGCAAUAAUGGACUUGAUGUAAACGACCUUGUUGUGCUUGCUGGUGCUCACACGAUUGGUGUUGCCCACUGCUCAACAAUUUCAACUCGUUUAUACAAUUUCACUGGCAAGGGUGACACUGACCCAAGUUUAGAUAGUGAAUAUGCAACAAAUCUCAAGACCUUAAAGUGCAAGAACAUCAAUGAUGUCACCACACUUGUUGAGCUGGACCCUGGAAGCCACGAUACAUUUGAUCUUGACUAUUAUAAACAAGUGGUUAAGAGAAGGGGCUUGUUCCAAUCAGAUGCUGCAUUGCUCACUAGCUCUACCACAAGGUCCAUUAUCACUACGCAACUUCAAUCAACCGAAGGAUUCUUUGCACAAUUUGCCAAGUCCAUGGAGAAAAUGGGACGAAUUAAGGUUAAAGUUGGAACUGAAGGAGAGAUAAGGAAACAAUGUGCACGAGUAAAUAGCUAA